UCUCCACCGAUUUAUUUAUUAUCUGUGUUUAUUAUUUUUAAUUAUCCCUGGUAUGAGAGAGAAUAUUAAAAUUAUGAUAAAUUCGAAAACCAAAAUUAGGAUAAAUGGCAAACCAUUAUGAAGUUCCAACUUGGGCAGGGAAACCACCCGUGGGUUUACAUUUGGACGUUUUAAAAGGAGAGAAACUUAUACAAAAGCUAAUGAUUGAUGAAAAGAAAUGUUAUCAUUUUGGACGUAAUGCUCAAAUGAACGACUUUUGUAUUGAUCACGCUUCAUGUUCGAGAGUUCAUGCAGCACUAGUCUAUCACAAAAUUUUAAACAGGCCAUUUUUAGUUGAUCUAGGGAGCACUCAUGGAACUUUUGUUGGAUCGUUGAGACUUGAAAGUUACAAACCGACUCAGCUACCAAUUGGUUCCAAUUUUCAUUUUGGUGCGUCCACAAGGAUGUACAUUAUCCGAGAAAGACCUCAAGCGGGUAUACGUCCCAUAAUUGACGAAAUAGAAAAGGUUGGAGAAGACAGUGAUGGUGGAUUACUUGGCCUGCCGGAAACUGAAACUGAACUUGAUAAUUUAACCGAGUUUAAUACUGCACAUAAUCGUCGAAUAUCCAUGCUGGGAAUAUCGGACGAUACAGAAAAACGUAGCAGUAACCGGAAGAGAAAACGACGCGGUGUCUCCUUUAAUGAAGACGAAGAAAUAAUUAACCCAGAGGACAUCGAUCCAAGUGUUGGUAAAUUUAGAAACUUAAUUCAAUCAACAGUUGUCCCGAGUACACAAAAGAAACAAAAAAUGAAUGACAGUAUCAGCAUGCCCGAGUACAAGAUGUUAAGAAACAUCCAUUCGGUUGUACCACAGCUCUACCAAGAUUUACCGCCCGAAUCAAAUAAUAGUGCAUUUGGAAAUGUCGGAAUGUAUAGCUCUUUAAGUUCCAAGCUGGGAAUGGUCUUGCCCAAUCCUGCACCAGAUGUCGAUAUGGAACAGAGUUAUUCGCAGGUAACUAAUAUGGCACCACCACAAGUUCCAGUUAGUGAUACCUUGGAGCCAAAGAAAAAGAAAUACGCUAAAGAAGCAUGGCCUGGAAAGAAGCUGACCCAAUCACUGUUGGUGUAAUUGAAAUAUUCAAGUCUGCAUAUUUAUUGUUAGUGUACGAAGGUUUUAAUUUCAAUUGUAUAUAGAUCAUAAAUGCAUAAUUUGAUUUGGACAGAAAAUACAAAUUUUAUAUUUUU